AUGGACGCACUUCUGAAGUCUAUUAGCUCGUUCAUCUUUACAAAGUAUCACCCUAAGGCGCUGUCUACCGGCUUAAUGCAGUUUCUUGCCGUGCUUGGCAUUAACCCAGACACAGGCCGCUUACGGACCGCAAAGCACUAUUCGUACAUGCUAGCAGGCAUGGUGUACUGCGUGCAAGUAAUUAGAGCUAAAAAGCUGCUUCCAGGCGGGCAGCGCAACACACAGACAGAGCAGGACCGCAAUUGCUUUAUUAAGAUGCGGCACAAGUAUCUGGCAGACGGCACGUUUACUCUAAUAAGCGCAAUAAUCAGCAUGCUUGCGUACAGGAAGCACGUUGCGUUAAUAGCCAGCAAUUUAGGCAACGCAUACUGGUCAGCAGACAAGCAGAUAUUCUAUCUGACUAGUCAGCAGAUCAAGGUCAGCCGCUUCUGCAAGAUGGCGCAGGACUUGGCAACAGAGACGUCUGAGAUGCUGUAG